AGGGUGACCUCACCCUCACCAGCACCCCCUUCUCGAUGCCAGCUAUGAGUUCCUGCAACUUCACACAUACCACCUUUGUACUUAUUGGUAUCCCAGGAUUAGAAGAAGCCCAUUUCUGGAUCGGCUUCCCCCUGCUUUCAAUGUAUGCCGUGGCACUAUUUGGAAACUGCAUCGUUGUCUUCAUCGUAAGGACAGAGCGCAGCCUACACGCUCCCAUGUACCUCUUUCUCUGCAUGUUGGCAGCCAUUGACUUGGCCUUGUCCACAUCCACCAUGCCCAAGAUCCUCGCCCUCUUCUGGUUUGAUUCCCGGGAGAUUACUUUUGAUGCCUGCAUUGCCCAGAUGUUUUUUAUUCAUGCUCUUUCAGCUAUUGAGUCCACUAUCCUGCUGGCCAUGGCCUUUGACCGUUAUAUAGCCAUCUGUCACCCACUGCGCCAUGCAGCAGUGCUCAACAAUACAGUAACAGCCCAGAUUGGCAUGGUGGCCGUGGCCCGUGGAUCACUCUUCUUUAUCCCACUGCCUCUGCUCAUCAAGCGGCUGGCCUUCUGCCAUUCCAAUGUGCUGUCACACUCCUAUUGUGUGCACCAGGAUAUGAUGAAGUUGGCCUAUGCAGAUACAUUGCCCAACGUGAUCUAUGGUCUUACAGCUAUUCUGUUGGUUAUGGGUGUGGAUGUCCUCUUCAUCUCCUUGUCCUAUUUUCUGAUUAUACGAACAGUUCUACAACUGCCUUCCAAGUCAGAGCGGGCCAAGGCUUUUGGAACCUGUGUGUCACACAUCGGUGUGGUAUUAGCCUUCUAUGUUCCUCUCAUUGGCCUCUCAGUGGUACACCGUUUUGGAAACAGCCUUGAUCCCAUUGUGCAUGUUCUCAUGGGUGAUGUCUAUCUACUUCUGCCUCCUGUGAUCAAUCCCAUCAUCUACGGUGCCAAGACCAAACAGAUCAGAACUCGGGUGCUAGCUAUGUUCAAGAUCAGCUGUGACAAGGACCCUCAGGCUGUGGGAACAGAUGAUCCUUACCAUUCUACUUUACCUUAUCUUUAAUGCCUUUACAUAAUGGUUUCCUAAUGCUAGCUUAAUUCUAGUUGUCUAUCAUAUCAAUGAUUUUCUCUGCUGUGACCUCCAAAGUCUACCUCUGCUUGGGGUGAAAGUUUGGAAGCAAUCAGGAUUUCCUUCCAUAGGUCAAAAUGUUAUUGAUAUUAUUAUUGUACAAAAAGGUUAAAUUAGAAAAUCCAUCAAUGCCCCAGUAUGUAGUAAAAAGAACAUAAAGAAGAGUGACAAAAAAAAACAACUGACUUUUUAACAAGGGAAAAAUUAUUCUACCUGACUAGUAAUCUGAGAAACCAUUUAUUAAAAUAAUAAUUAGGCAGCAUUUUUGUCUAUUAGCAGUUUUUAUUAAUGAAAAUUCAUAACGUUGAAAUAUAA